ACUGAAAUCCGCCCGAAUCCCAAAUGGCUAGAUUGUUUGACACGUAGUGCCCUAGGCAGGGUGUCGGAGGGCCUUUUUGUGCCCUAUGUAGGACACCUAUCUAGGGAGUAGGGAGUGAUUUGAGACGUGGGGUUUUUGCUUGGUGUUUAAUGAGGUCUCGGAGGAAAAGGGAUCCGCUAUAAGAGCGAACUGUUGUUGCUAAGAUGUCCUUUCACCCUGGACGCGGAUGUCCACGAGGGCGGCCUCCACCUCAGAAUUACCCUCCUGUCCCCCUGCGUUUGCCCCCUCCUCAGUCGCUUGCGCCCUCCGUGCCCCCUCCGUACCCCUAUGACCCCUCGACGCCACACUGUUCCGCUUACAGCCCUCAGUGCACCAACACCUACAUGCCCAACAUGCCGCCUCGUCCCGAAUUCCCUCCCUACCCCGUCCCAGCGCCCUCGCAGGGUCCACAGUGCCCUUUGCGCCCCCCUUUCCCGCCCCCGCCGCUGCACCAGGGCUUCCCAGAACCCCCUAAUUUCCCCCCACCCCCUUUGCCCGUCCCUGCAGGUGGCCCCGCCCAAUCUCAGGGCUCAUAUCCUUAUGUCCCGCCUCCGCCUCCUCCUCCACCUUCAAUGCCUCCUUCUGUACCCUUUCAGCCUCCUUACUCCAUGAGUUACCCUCCACAGUCCCACCUACCUCCUCUUCCGCCUAAUUUCUACCCCCCGUCUGAAUCCGGGUCCUUCAAGCCUAUGGAGCAUUUCCAUCACUUCAAGGGCGACAAGUCGCCCGAACGUCCGCGACGUCACAAAAGCUACGGGUACGGUGGGUACGGAGAGCGGCGGGAGCGAGGGCGGAGUCCGGACAGGAGACGACAGGAAGGAGGGCGGUACCGGUCGGAGAACGAGAGGGGCCGGACCCCGCCGAGACACCGGAGCCGAGAGCGCAGCAGGGAGCGCUAUCGUCACCGCGACAGCAGGAGCUCUCCUCCGUCGGACCGGCACAGGAAACGAGCACGCAGCCGCUCAGCGAGCAGAGAGAGAAAACGUGGACGAGUGGAGGAGGACCGAGAGAGAGAGCGAGAAAGGGAUCGAGAAAGAGAGCGGGAGAGGGAGAGGGACAGGGAGAGGAGGGUGGAGGCGGCAGGAGGAAACAGAGAAAGGAGCUACAGAGAGACGGAGGACGAGGAGGAAGAAGAGUUGCUGAAGCCGGCGUGGAUCCGCUGCACACACGCCGAGAACUACUACUCCAACGACCCCAUGGACCAAGUGGGCGACUCGACGGUAGUGGGAACGAGCAAGCUGAGGGACCUGUACGAGCGUUUCGAGGAGGAGCUCGGACGACGGCAGGAACGCGCCAAAUCCUCCCGCCCCAAGUGGGAACCGCCCAAAACCAAGCUGGACCUGGACCAUGACGAGAGCUCGAGCGAUUCGGAGUGCGACUCAGACGGGGACAGCAGUUGCUCCAGCAGCUCCGACUCGGAGGUGUUUGACGUGAUCGCAGAGAUCAAGCGUAAGAAAGCGCACCCCGACCGGCUGCACGACGAGCUGUGGUACAACGACCCGGGACAGAUGAACGACGGUCCGCUGUGUAAGUGCAGCGCUAAGGCCAGACGCACGGGAAUCCGGCACAGUAUUUACCCCGGGGAAGAGACGGUGAAGCCGUGCCGUCCGAUGAACAACAACGCCGGUAAACUCUUCCAUUACAGGAUCACCGUGUCUCCGCCCACCAACUUCCUGACGGACCGGCCGACGGUGAUCGAGUACGAUGAUCACGAGUACCUGUUCGAAGGAUUCUCUCUCUUCUCACACACUCCUCUCACUAACAUCCCGUUAUGCAGAGUGAUUCGCUUCAACAUCGAUUACACCAUCCACUUCAUAGAGGAGAUGGCGCCUGAGAACUACUGUGUUAAAGGUCUGGAGCUUUUCUCUUCAUACCUCUUCCAGGACAUCCUGGAGCUUUACGACUGGAACCUCACAGGUCCAGAGGACGUGGAGUCUCCCGUCUGCCAGAGGUUUCACUUCAUGCCUCGCUUUGUGCGAUUCUUACCAGACGGAGGUAAAGAGGUGUUGUCUAUGCACCAGGUCCUGCUGUAUCUGUUGUGCAGUAAUAAACCUCUUGUUCCUGAGGAGGAGAUCGCGAACAUGCUACAGUGGGAGGAGCUUGAGUGGCAGAAAUACGCAGAGGAGUGUAAAGGAAUGAUCGUCACUAAUCCCGGCAUGAAACCCAGCUCGGUGAGGAUAGACCAGUUGGAUCGGGAACAGUUUAACCCGAACGUCAUCACGUUCCCAAUCAUCGUCCAUUUUGGAAUCCGUCCGGCUCAGCUCAGCUACGCAGGAGACCCUCAAUAUCAGAAACUGUGGAAAAGCUACGUGAAGCUGCGCCACCUGCUGGCUAACAGCCCCAAAGUGAAGCAGAUCGACAAGCAGAAGCUCACACAGAGAGAGGAAGCUCUGCAGAAGAUCAGGCAGAAGAACACUAUGAGGAGGGAAGUGACGGUGGAACUCAGCAGCCAGGGCUUCUGGAAAACCGGGAUACGAUCCGACGUCUGCCAGCACGCGAUGAUGCUCCCGGUUCUGACCCACCACAUUCGGUACCACCAGUGUCUGAUGCACCUGGACAAGCUGAUAGGUUACAUGUUUAAAGAGCGAUGCCUCCUGCAGCUGGCCAUGACUCACCCGAGUCAUCACCUGAACUUUGGGAUGAACCCUGAUCACGCUCGUAACUCUCUGUCUAACUGCGGCAUCCGCCAGCCCAAAUACGGCGACAGGAAAGUCCACCACAUGUACAUGAGGAAAAAAGGAAUCAACACAUUGAUUAACAUCAUGUCCCGUCUGGGUCAGGACGACCCCACACCUUCCAGGAUUAAUCAUAAUGAGCGUCUGGAGUUUCUCGGUGAUGCUGUUGUUGAAUUUCUAACCAGCGUGCACCUGUACUACCUAUUCCCCAGUCUGGAGGAAGGAGGAUUAGCGACGUAUCGCACUGCCAUCGUUCAGAAUCAGCACCUCGCCAUGCUGGCUAAGAAAUUGGAACUGGACCGCUUCAUGCUGUACGCACACGGCCCGGAUCUGUGCCGGGAGUCUGACCUCAGACACGCCAUGGCUAACUGCUUCGAGGCUCUUAUAGGUGCUGUGUAUCUGGAAGGUGGGUUAGAAGAGGCCAAGCAACUGUUUGGCAGGCUGCUGUUCAACAGUGAGGACAUGAGGGAAGUGUGGCUCAACUACCCGCCUCAUCCACUACAGGUGCAGGAGCCGCUGACAGACAGACAGCUCAUCGAGUCGUCUCCCGUCCUGCAGAAGCUGACGGACUUCGAGACGGCCAUCGGAGUUUUCUUCACACACGUGCGUCUGCUCGCUCGAGCCUUCACGCUGCGCACCGUCGGCUUCAACCACCUCACGCUAGGUCAUAAUCAGAGGAUGGAGUUUUUGGGAGAUUCCAUCAUGCAGCUCGUAGCCACUGAGUAUCUGUUCAUCCAUUUCCCCGACCAUCACGAAGGCCAUCUAACGCUGCUGCGCAGCUCGUUGGUGAAUAACAGAACGCAGGCGAAGGUGGCGGAGGAAUUGGGGAUGCAGGAGUACGCGAUUACGAACGACAAGACCAAACGACCUGUCGCUCUGCGCACGAAAACACUAGCCGACCUGCUGGAGUCUUUCAUUGCAGCACUUUACAUAGACAAAGACCUCGAAUACGUUCACACGUUCAUGAACGUCUGCUUCUUCCCAAGAUUAAAGGAGUUCAUCCUGAAUCAGGACUGGAAUGAUCCAAAGUCUCAGCUCCAGCAGUGCUGCCUCACCCUGCGCACCGAGGGCAAGGAGCCCGACAUCCCACUCUACAAGACGCUGCAGACAGUCGGGCCGUCUCACGCUCGCACCUACACGGUGGCCGUGUACUUUAAAGGCGAGAGGAUCGGCUGCGGGAAAGGACCGAGCAUACAACAGGCCGAGAUGGGAGCCGCCAUGGACGCUCUGGAGAAAUAUAACUUCCCUCAGAUGGCCCAUCAGAAGCGCUUCAUCGAGCGGAAGUACCGUCAGGAGCUGAAGGAGAUGAGGAGAGAGCGAGAGCGGCAAGAGCGGGAGAGCGACGAUGCCGAGGACGCUCGCAAAUGAAGAAGGAAAGCAUCACACACACACACACACACACACACACACACACAGUAUAAUAAUCACCAGUUGUGGACUCAAUCCAUCGUUUCCAAGAUGGCCGAAGAGACCCAGCCGAAGGGAACACCGCCUCCUGUCUAUUUGGUUUAUACCGUUAUUUUAAAUAAAAUGUGUUUUUUUAAUGAACUAAUACAUCAAUUGUGAGAAAGCUAUUAUAAAUAAACCAUGCAAACGCCU